UACAAUGUCCGUGCAUUCUAGGUCUCUAGUCAUCCGCGUCCAUGGUUGGUUUUGUCUCACAAACUUGGUGCUCUGUUCUAAGACUUUUGAUGGAGAUGCUGAAGUCACAAAAUGACCAAUGCUCUCCCAAAGGGUAUCUGUUGGCCCAUGAAAACCACUUUUUUUUUUUUUUUUCUUCUGAAAAACAAUAACUCUGGUAGAUAGAUAUCCAAGUUAAAUUGAUUAGAUUAAUAUUAGGGUAAGUUAUUCUGGUGGGGUGCAUUAAGGGUUGGAGAUGGUUAUAAACCUGUCAUUUAUUGAGAAAAUGACAAAUGCUCUCCCAAAGGGUAUCUGUUGGCCCAUGAAAACCACUUUUUUUUUUUUUCUUCUGAAAAACAUGAACUCUGGUAGAUGGAUAUGUAGGUUAAAUUGAUUAGAUUAAUAUUACAGUAAGUUAUUCCGGUGGGGUGCAUUAAGGGUUGGAGAUGGUUAUAAACCUGUCACUUAUUGAGAAAAUUCCAUUCACAUGAUAAGAUUUUAAAACCACAAGUUAACUCCCAAGGCAGGAGAGUCCAAGUCAGCCCAGGAGAAUUUUUAAGUCUUGGAAUGAAAGUCUCUUCCUCCACUACCAGACCACAGUUCCUCUUCCCCAGCCUAAAUGCCCUUCUGAACUAGUUCGGUUCUUUUCUUCAUUUUUGGUCACAUCACAUACAUGAUCAUGAAUAACUUCAUUGCAACAUUUGCUGUGCUUCUCUUGUUUUGGUUUCUAUUGGCAGACACUUCCAUCUUUAGCUCAAGUGAUGGACAACCACCAACUGGUAUUCUUUGCAGCGAAAAGGAAAAAAGAGCCCUUCUAAGCUUCAAACAUGGUCUCACAGAUCCUGCAAACAGGCUAUCGUCAUGGUCUGUUCAUCAAGACUGUUGUCAAUGGACAGGAGUCCACUGCGACAAUGUAACAGGCAGAGUCAUUGAGCUCGACCUCCACAAUCCAUAUGAUAUCGUCAGUUAUGACUCUUAUGAGAUGUACAAGUUGGGUGGUAAGAUUACUCCCUCGUUGCUGGAAUUAGAAUUUCUAAGCUACUUGAACUUGAGCUGGAAUGAUUUUGCAGGUGCGAGUAUUCCAAGUUUCUUAGGUUCUAUGAAAUGUUUAAGAUAUCUUGACCUCUCAACAGCAGUAUUUGGGGGGGCGGUUCCUCAUCAGCUUGGGAAUCUCUCAAGCCUUCGCUAUCUCAAUUUAGGUGGAAAUGAACUUUCUUUGGAAAACCCUAGUUGGAUUGCUCAUCUUUAUUCCUUGGAAUACCUUGACAUGAGUAGCAUUGAUCUUCACAAGGCAACCGAUUGGCUUCAAGCAUUGAGCAUGCUCCCUUCCCUUUCAGAACUGCAUUUGUCCCUUUGUCGACUUGAUAAAAUGACUCCUCCUCAGAGUUAUGUUAAUUUUACAUCUCUUGAAGUCCUUGAUUUUUCUGCCAACCGUUUUAAUUGCAAGAUACCUAAUUGGUUGUUUAAUCUCAGCAAUAGUCUUGUUUCCAUUGAUCUGAGCUUCAAUUAUCUAUAUGGUCACAUACCAAGUAGCAUAUUAAAUCUUCACAUGUUGAAAAGUCUGUAUUUGCAGGACAAUCAUCUUUCUGGGCAAAUUCCAAAUAAUAUUGGCCAGCUGAAACAUCUCGAAUAUAUUCUUCUUUAUAUGAACUCAUUGUCCGGUCCCAUUCCUACAUCUCUCGGAAACUUAUUGUCCUUAAGGGAGUUGUAUCUUUCUAGUAAUCAACUGAAUGGUACUCUUCCAAAGAGUAUUGGGCGGCUUCCAAAUCUAGAGACCUUACACAUUGGAAAUAACUCCUUAGGAGGCAUUGUUUCUGAAGUGAAUUUCGCGAAACUCUCAAAAUUGAAGGUUCUCGAAAUUUCUUUAAACUCUUUCUCCUUUAAGGUGAAUUCUGAUUGGGUUCCUCCCUUUCGACUCGAGUCCAUUGCAAUGGGUUCCUGCAAGAUGGGUCCAAAGUUUCCUGCAUGGCUACGAACACAAACAUCUCUUAAGCAGUUAGACAUUUCGCAGUCGGGAAUUUCUGAUGCAGCUCCAGACUGGAUUUGGAAUUUGGCUUCACAUAUGGAGUUGAUCAAUCUCUCUGACAACCAGAUCAACGGUAACAUAUCAACCGUCUUGCUAAAUUCUAGUGUCAUUGAAUUGGGAUCUAAUUCCUUUAAAGGCCAUCUGCCACAUCUAUCACCAAAUGUUAAAGUCCUGAAUUUGGCAAAUAAUACAUUUUCUGGAUCCAUUUCCUCUUUCCUGUGCCAGAAGGUGAAUAGAGACAAUAAUUUAGAAGUUCUGGACGUGUCAAAUAACCUUUUAUCAGGUGAACUUUCUAAUUGUUGGAUGUAUUGGCAAUCUUUGACCCAUAUAAAUUUGGGGAGCAAUAACCUGUCUGGUAAAAUUCCUAGCUCAAUGAGUUAUUUAUCUCAACUUGAAUCAUUGCACUUGCAUGAUAAUAGCUUCUUAGGAGAGAUACCGGAAUCGUUGAAGAACUGCACGUCAUUGGGGCUCAUUGAUUUAGGUGAAAAUGAAUUCACAGGAGUAAUGCCAAGCUGGAUGGGAGAAAUAACAACUCUAAUGGCCCUUCGUUUGAAAUCCAAUAGAAUUGUCGGCAAUAUUCCUCCACAAAUAUGUCAGCUUUCUUCUAUUAUAGUUCUGGACCUUGCCAACAAUAGUCUGUCAGGAACUAUUCCAAAAUGUUUGAAUAAUAUCAGCGCAAUGGCUGAGAUAGAUACUUUAGAUUCUGAAUAUUUUGAAGCUUUAGAGUAUGGGAAUGACUAUGGCUCCUACAUUGAGACACUCUGGUUGGUCACAAAAGGGAGGAACUCAGAGUACAGAGGCAUUCUUAAACUUGUUAGGAGCAUAGACCUUUCAAGUAACAGACUGUCUGGGCCAAUCCCUCCUCAGCUAUCAGGUCUUCAUGCAUUGCGUUUUCUGAACUUAUCUCAUAAUCACUUGAGAGGUAAGAUACCAGAGAAAAUCGGGGGCAUGACAAUGUUGGAAUCCCUGGAUCUUUCGAAAAAUUAUUUGUCAGGGAUGGGACCUGGAUUCGCUGCUGGCUUUUGGGGAGUUUGUGGUGUUCUUUUCUUUAAGAGGACUUGGCGGCAUGCUUAUUUUAAAUUUCUUGAUGACAUGAAAGACAGGAUCUAUGUGGCCACACUGCUACAAGUGAACUGGUUUUGCAAGAAGUUUAAGAGAUCCAGGUGAUGUCCAGUGACAGGCAUCAAUCAAGUUUUUAGAGGUAAUGGCUUCAAAGUUCCUUUAAUGGUUGUUUAGUUGAAGUGUCUACUUUGUUCUUGCUGUUAUAGUUAUAAAAUAAAUUGAGCAUUGUGUGGUUUGUAUUAUGUGAGCAUGGCACUUGGUUUUGUUAUUGGCUUUUGGGGUGUAUUUGGUCCUAUACUGUUCAAAAGGUGUUGGAGAUUUGUAUGGUUUGAGUGAUGCAUAGCAUGUGGCAUAAAUUGUGUUUCUGUAGGUAUGUGUAAUUCUAUGUAGUCAUUUUGAUUGAGUGGUGAUCAUCAUUCAAUUAUAGAGUAUGUUGUAAUUUAAUUAUGCAAAAGUUGAUUACAUGGAUGAUAUCUAAAUUAUAUAUAUUUGUUUGCACUUUGCAUUCUCCUGUUAAGCUUUAAGCUUUGGAUUAUUUCUAUGUUGGGAUGCUAACAAAGUUUCAAGUUAGGG